AUGCUAUCGUCAGUGCCACUGUUACCUCAUAAUCUCCCUCCAAUGGAGGACACGGGAUUUGCCGCGCUUUUCUUGAAUGGAUUCCAUUGUCUUGCAUUGACUAAAUACCCGUGCAGAGUUCCCAAGAAAGUCGACAGACAAGUCAUCGCGACUAUAAGCCUAAGUCUACAACAUUGUCCUCCCAAUCAAACAUGUAAAGGCUAUAGAGACAAAAGAUUCUAUGCAUCGAUGAAAAACCAAUCAUUCAUUCGUCUUUCCACAAAACCAUCCAAUCCAUGUUCAUGGACACAAUUUCUUCGUUGUUGGAAGGGGAUUCGGGAAUUUCGAUUCUUCCAAGGAUUCAAGUUAUUACAAUCUGGUGGAUCCUCCAGAAAGGAACACAGUGGCAUUUCCAAUAGGAUGGUGGGCAACAAUUUAAAUGCAGACAAUCCAGGAGUGUGGUUUAUACAUUGCCAUCUUGAAGAACAUACAACUUGGGGUUUAGCCAUGGGAUUUAUAGUUGAAAAGGGACCAAAACCGUCGCAAUGUGUGCUACCACCUCCUCGUGAUUUGCCCGCCUGCUGA